AUGGAUCGAUAUGAAGAGAGGUGGCAGAAAGGAGUCGACAGCAAUGGCAAUGAUGGCAUUAUGGGUUUUGUAAUAGUGGUGGCUGGAGAGCAGUGGAUCAGUGUUUUCGGUAGCAGUGAUUACGACGGGGUUGUAGCGAGGGACAGCAGUGCUGUUUGUAGGAGUGGGGAAGAUGACACUGGACAGCUAUGUUUUGACUAUGUGAGGGAGAGCUGCAACGACGAGUUUUGGAUGAGAAAGAUGGUGGGAUUAAUUGGUUUCGACUCGGCUUGA